AUGUCACGGUUGUCAGGACUUCGUUUGUAUUUGAACACGGCAUCUUUUAGCCCACUUGUUACUAUUCUUAAUCAAAAUAAACUGACUGGAUCUGACUAUGUUGACUGGAAAAGAAAUUUGGACAUUGUUCUUACUACUGAAGAGCAUAAGUAUGUUCUUACUAAACCAUGUCCUAGCUUUCUUUCAUUAGAUGCUCCUCUUGAGGAAAAACAACGAUAUGAUCGUUGGCAGAAAUCUAAUGAGAUGGCCAAGUGUUACAUCCUAGCAUCUAUCUCAAAUGUUCUACAGCAUGAAAUGCAGGAUGUGGAACUAGCUUCAGACAUUAUGCUAAGUCUGAAGGAGAUGUUUGGUGAGCAAGGCCGUUCUGCAAGGCAAGAGACCAUGAGGCAAAUUUAUAAUACCAAAAUGGCUGAAGGUAGUUCAAUAAGGGAGCAUUUUCUUACAAUGAUCUCUAAUCUGAAUUGA